AUGGCGGAGGCGGAAGGGGAGAGCCUGGAGUCCUGGCUGAAUAAAGCCACCAAUCCUUCCAACCGCCAGGAGGACUGGGAAUACAUAAUUGGCUUCUGUGAUCAGAUCAACAAAGAGCUUGAAGGGCCACAGAUCGCUGUCCGACUGCUGGCCCAUAAGAUCCAGUCUCCACAGGAAUGGGAGGCAGUCCAGGCCCUGACGUACCUGGGGGACAGGGUGUCUGAGAAAGUGAAGACCAAGGUGAUCGAGCUGCUUUACAGCUGGACAUUGGCCCUGCCAGAAGAAACAAAGAUCAAGGAUGCUUAUCACAUGUUGAAGAGACAGGGCAUAGUGCAGUCUGACCCACUGAUCCCCGUGGACAGGACACUGAUCCCCUCUCCACCACCUCGUCCCAAAAACCCUGUUUUUGAUGAUGAGGAGAAAUCCAAGCUUUUAGCCAAGUUGUUGAAAAGCAAAAACCCAGAUGACCUACAAGAGGCCAACAAGCUCAUCAAGUCCAUGGUGAAGGAAGACGAGGCACGGAUCCAGAAGGUGACCAAGCGUCUGCACACUUUAGAGGAGGUUAAUAACAACGUAAAGCUGCUCAAUGAGAUGCUGCUUCAUUACAGCAAAGAGGAUUCUUCAGAGGCAGAUAAAGAGCUCAUGAAGGAGCUGUUUGAUCGGUGUGAGAAUAAGAGGCGGACAUUAUUCAAACUAGCCAGUGAGACAGAGGACAAUGACAAUAGUUUGGGGGACAUCCUCCAGGCCAGUGACAACCUCUCCCGGGUCAUCAGCUCUUACAAAACAGUCGUUGAAGGGCAGGUGGUCAAUGGUGAGGUAGCCACCUCAGCCAUUCCAGACUCUGAAGGAGACCACUCCAGGGACCAAGGCACUCUCAUCGACCUUGCUGAGUUGGACACACCAAGCAGCUCAUCCUCAGUGUCGGCCCCGGCCCCUGCCCCACCGUCCUCCGGCAUCCCUAUCCUCCCUCCACCCCCCCAGACCUCAGGCCCUGGGCGCAGCCACCCAUCCAGUCAUGCCGAGGCCGCCCUGGGACCCAACAGCACAAGCAAUGCCCUCUGCCUGCUGGACGAGGAGCUGCUCUGCUUGGGCCUUGCUGAUCCAGCCCCCACUGCCCCUCCCACAGAGUCAGCUGGAAACAGCCAAUGGCCCCUGUUCCAGAAGGAGCAGCUGGACCUGGACUUUGGCGGCCCCGAGCCCGGGAGUGCUGCCGCCAGCCCCUCGGAUGGGCCUCUCGUCCCGCCCUCAGCACCGUCCGCGGGCAGCUCCCAGGCUCCACUGCCGCCCUCCUUCCCAGCUCCUGCGGUCCCAGCCAGUGUUCCCGCCCCCAAACCAGGCUCCUUCUUGUUCCCAACUGGACCGGCCCCAGCCCUCAAGGCUGAGCCCACAGCCCUUGGGUACCACGGCUCGGCUUUGGGCGAUAGCACCCUGCACCAGCUGGAUGCCCUUGAUCAUCUUCUUGAAGAGACCAGAGCGACUUCAGGUCUGGUGAAACCCGUCUCCUCCAUCUUCUUCCCUGGGGCCACCACCUCCCCUCUGGUCCCCACCAGCACCACUGCUCGGCCUCUCCUCCCCUUCUCCCCUGGGCCCAGCAGUCCUCUCUUCCAGCCCCAGGGCAGCCCCAUGAAGGGGCCAGAGCUCUCCCUGGCCAGUGUCCAUGUUCCCCUGGAAUCUAUCAAGCCUAGCAGCGCCCUUCCUGUGACAGCCUAUGAUAAAAAUGGCUUCCGCAUCCUCUUCCACUUUGCCAAGGAGUGUCCGCCUGGACGGCCUGACGUGCUGGUGGUGGUAGUGUCCAUGCUGAACACAGCUCCCUUGCCCAUCAAGAGCAUCGUGCUGCAGGCCGCAGUGCCAAAGUCAAUGAAGGUGAAGUUACAGCCACCCUCUGGGACAGAGCUGUCUCCAUUUAGUCCCAUCCAGCCGCCUGCAGCCAUCACCCAGGUCAUGCUGCUGGCCAAUCCGCUGAAGGAGAAAGCGAGGCUUCGGUAUAGGCUGACCUUCGCCCUGGGAGAGCAGCUGAGCACAGAGGUGGGCGAGGUGGACCAAUUCCCUCCUGUGGAACAGUGGGGUAACCUAUGA